GUUCUUGUCCCCCGCUCCUUCAUCUCGGACGACCACGACAGCGACAGUUGCCUGACUGAUCCGUACAGCCCUUCAUCAUUCCUUUUUAUACACUAGACGACACUUUAGACUCUAGAUCAUAAGUCACCGAAGCCGCUCUUUUUUACGACAUAUAUACUUCAGGCCUUCCCCGCACGCUCAUUGCUCUUCGCUUACCCCCACCAUGCUGGCCAGCAUUCUCUUUCCCUCUUUUGUGGCUCUAACGGCACUGGCGGCCUCUCCGGACGACUGGCGUACGAGGUCAAUCUAUCAGCUGGUGACCGAUAGAUUUGCAACCCCGGACGGUUCGAGUCCGACAUGUAACACAGAUGACCGCCGCUAUUGCGGUGGAAACUACAAGGGUGUCAUUAACAAGCUCGACUAUAUCCAGAGCAUGGGUUUCGACGCUAUCUGGAUUUCCCCUGUAGUUGCAAACGUAGAAGGGAACACAGCUUAUGGUGAAGCAUUCCAUGGCGGGGCCUGUUGGAGAUUGUCACUGCCCGCGGAAAUCGCUAGAAUACCUUGCAUAUCUACAAUGCCAGUUGGCACCGCGACUUUGCCUGGUUUGAGGCACUGUUGAGGUGACAGUCGAGAGAAGCUAAAACUUUGAGAUGUGAAUUGAUGAUGCAUGUUGCAUGCAUCGGUCUAUUCACUAGGAUACAGAGGUGGUCCCUUUCAAACAAGUUUCACUGACAAUGAUCUUGUAGAUACUGGACACAGGACAUCAACAAGCUGAACGACCACUUUGGUUCUGCCGACGACCUGAAGUCCCUUUCCGAUGCCGUGCACAAGCGCAAUAUGUAUCUUAUGGUCGACGUUGUCGUGAACCACAUGGUGGCAACGUCAAAUCCGCCCAACUUCGGCAGUUUCGAGCCAUUUAACCAACAAUCCGACUAUCACAGCUUCUGCUUCAUCCAGGCCUCGGACUACGACAAUAAUCAGACAGCUGUCGAGCAAUGCUGGCUUGGUGACGAGAACUUGCCGCUUGCAGAUAUCAACACUGAGGACCCGAACAUUGUCAGCACCUGGAACUCUUGGAUUAGUGGUCUCGUCAAAAACUACACCUUCGACGGCGUUCGUAUUGAUACCGUGAAGCACGUUCGCAAGGAUUUCUGGCCCGAAUUUGCGAAGUCUGCCGGUGUGUACACUGUCGGCGAGGUUCUUCACAAUGACACCAACUACGUCGCUCCUUACACUCAAUCGUUGUCUGCUGCGCUCGACUAUCCUGCCUAUUUUGCUCUCACCACUGGCUUCCAGACGACGAACGGCAACCUCUCGACGCUUGCCGCCGUGGUGCAGUCUGGUCAGAGUGUGUACGACAAUGGCGAACACUACAUGGGCUCGUUCCUCGAAAACCAUGACAACCCGCGAUUCCAGUCGCUCACUCAGGACCAGGCUCUUGUCAAAAAUGCCAUGACUUGGCCCUUCGUUCAAGACGGCAUUCCCGUUCUUUAUUACGGCCAGGAACAAGGCUACACCGGUGGCAACGACCCUGCUAACCGUGAAGCACUCUGGCUUUCUGGCUACGGCGAAGACAAGCCACUGGUACAGCACGUCAAGACACUCAAUGCGGCUCGCAAAGCCGCUGCAUCCACGAACAAGGACUUCUACACCAGUAGCCUGAAGUUCCUCGUGGAUUCGACGAACAACUUGGCCAUCUCGAAGCCACCGAUGCUCACCCUGCUCACCAACGAAGGCAGCACCUCUACGCCUCAAUGGAACGUUCCCAACGCGGGUUACAGUGCCAACCAGGAACUCAUUGACGUAUUGACAUGCACCAAGGUCAACGCCGACGCCAACGGUGGGGUGAGCAUCAAAGGGUCUGGUGGCAACCCUCAAGUGUUGUUGCCCACGUCCGCGUUGGCCAAAGGCGGAAGUGUUUGUCCCGACGCUGCUACGGGUGCGCAAGCCUCGUCCGCACGGUCACUUACUGUGCAGGUUCUUGGCAGCUCGUUGGCCAUCGUGUUGUCGCUGCUUGUCGCAUUCUCAUGAAGGACAUCUCUUUUGAUUUGAUACACUAACUCCCCUAAUUCAUGUAUCUAUUUGUGGCUACUACUUACUCAUACGGACUCGAUUUGUUUCACCAUCACCUUUCGUUUUGCAGUCAAGAAUACCAGUCCCCGUUCUGUUUCCGACCUUCUUCCUGGGACUCUGGCGGCUUCUUGUUCUAAUGCAAGAAAUUGGGAUUCGACUUCGGGACUUCGCUCACUGUGCCAUGUACCGCAGAUGCCGAACCGAGUCUUUGGUUGGCCGCAGUUUCGAUGACCCCGAUCCAGGGUGUUGUCUUCGUACGCCACUGAGAGGUUGAGAAGGUCAGUUGGGCCGCAGCUUGGGUGCUUACAACCAUCCUGGGGCGUUCGGGCAUUCGACCAGACGCUCUUUGUGGGAAGUUAUGCAAGGAUCCAUGAAAGGAAUGUCGUCUCAGCGCCGGUAAAGGCGCCCUCAUGCCUUUCAGCGCUGGUUGAACUUAACGAAAUCGAUCUUCCCGG